ACUGAAGAUGGCUACUUGUAUGGGUAUGUGUACUUUAGACAGGUGAAAGACAGAACUUUGCGGCGAGGAUACUUUCAGAAGAGUGUAGUAUUACUAUCACACCUGCCAUUGGUGUCCCUCUUCACUACAGUCCUAGACUUGGUAGCUCCAGAAUAUUUUGACACUGGGGAGGCCAGCUUAGAGGCAGCUUGCCAUCACCUGGACCAGUGGCCGCCUCCAUCACCAGGCACCACCCUCAGUUUACCUUUGUUGGGAACUCUGUUACAGGUGCGAAUACCGAGUCGACAAGACAAGCCAGGGGCAGCAACGAUGACACCAUCCACCCCACCUCAGAUCUCACCAGGGCCUCUCACAGUUCUUGUACCAACUCCUCAUGAGACAGAGGCAUUCCGUGUGCUGGCGCCAGUGUUACCACACUUGAACCUCUUAUGGGAGUUAGUAUUAACAGCUGAACCUUUGGUAGUUAUGGCAAUGUCUCCAACAACUGCUGCAAACACUGUACAAACAUUGAUCAGUCUUAUCACUCCUCUCAAAUUUAGUGGUGAUUAUCGGCCAUUCUUCACCAUCCAUGAUUCUGAGUUUAAGGAGUACACAACACGUACAUCAGCUCCGCCCAAUGUAAUUCUUGGGGUUACAAACCCAUUUUUUGCCAAAACCCUCCAGCACUGGCCACACAUCAUCAGAAUAGGAGAUAAUACAGGCUCACCCAGUGCUCAAAAACACAAACUGAAAAAGGCAUCAGCCCUCAAGACAGUGGAACAGAAACCUGGUGUGUAUACAAAAUAUAAGCCACACCUUCAGGCAGAUAAGGGUCUUGUAAAACGCUUGUUGAAGGGCGUGCAGACUGGUCGUCCAGUGGAAGUGCAGAGUGCACUUUUGCGACGUCAUCUACUUGAAUUAACACAGUCCUUUAUGAUUCCAUUAGAGCGAUAUGUUGCAUCUCUUAUGCCCUUACAAAAGAACAUCUCUCCUUAUAAGGCGAUACCAAGUUUGCGUCCAUUCAACCCAGAUCACUUCCUUGCCACUUUAGAGUUAUAUGGACCACACUUAACUAGUGGUAUUCGUGGAGACUGGGAAGGCUUAUAUCGUCGAUUUUUUCGUUCCGUCAAUUUCUCUGUAUGGUUUAAUGCACGCCAUCAGGAAGUCUCGGAUAAGCUAUCAGAGUUGCAUCUCCAGGCAUUAUGUGAUGCAGAUCUGGGUGGAUGGGUGUGCAGUAGAAGUGAGGUUGAGGUAGUGGAUAUGGUGCUGAGACUACGUUCCAAGUUGACAGCAGCUGACACCCUGUGUGUAGACCAACACACACGUGACAGACUCCAUGCCCACCUACAGACAUUGUUCAUGGCUCUACCAGAGGACCUGCGUUCAGUACUUCAUGCCAGCUGAAGAACAGUAAUUGGGAAUAAGAUUUCCCUUACGAUGAAUCAACAAGAUAAGUGAUUUUAUAUAUCUAAAUUUUGUUUGAUAUGAGUCAUGUAGUCUUGUAUAUAAUGUCUCUGUGAGAUAAAGAAAGCUAUUCACUAAGAAUAAUUUACAUCACUGCUCAUCUUAAUUCCCUGAAACCUAAAGUACUUGUAGGAUGGUUUUCCAGCUGGGCAGUAGAUGAUUAUCGCAAUCCCGAUUCACUUUUUACCUGAUUGCCCCUGGCACUCGGGCACCUGUAACACAGUCCAUCCUGUCACAAUCAUCCUUGGUAAUAUGAUGCUUUUUUUGCAGAUAAAAAAUUUAUUUUAAAGACUGUGUUUCAAACACAUGGGUUUUAUCAAGUCAAUUUCCUUCAUAUGUGACAUGUCAAAAUAUGCAAAAAGAAAGCGAUGGGAGACUAGGCAUUGUUAUGUAAUGGAUAUAUGUUGCAAGUGCCACAUAGUGACUUGAUAAUGCUUCUGUGAGGGUGAAAUGCUGCCUAUAAAGUGAUAGCUUUGGCUGCUAAUUGUGUCUUAUCACCAUACUCAUUGGCAAUCCUGCCAUUUCAUAACAUAAUCAUCCUUAUUUGUGACUCAAAUUCACAGUGUUGUGAAACUUAGGAUUUAUACAUGAGUACUUUCUUCCUGUGGUCUGGAGAGUUGCUAGGUCCAGGUGUUGACUAUGGGUGCCAUGACUGGGUACAAAAGAUUGAGCUUCAAAUAACUUAAUGGCCUUACUGUAAUCUUGUGGUUUUCUAGUUCUGACUCUGCAACAUUUCAUUGUUGAAACCCACAAAAUAAAAAUUCACAUCAGCGUUGCAAUUUAAAAAACAUAAUAAUUUUAUGCCCUGAAAUGGUAGAAAAACUUUAUCUAAAGGUAAUUACACCAAAAAUGCAAAAUGUGAUGUAAAACUUAAAAACUUACCCAGGUUGGGAAGCACUAUAUGCAGCUUCAAUUUUGUCCAUUUGAGGCCUAUUUUAGGCCAAUUCACAUGCUCAAACAACCAGUUUCUGGCUAUUUUGCUAUUAUGCCUUCCAUUCAACUAUCCCAUCUACCCUAUAAAGUGCCUAGAAAUUGGUAAUUUGGCCAAUUUUACAUAAAAUUCAGAUAAAUCUAAUUUUAAAACAAUAGUCCAAAACAAAAAACACUGUUGGAGUUUUAGAAACUAAAGCAACAUUUCCUCUGUUCAUUAAUCAUAUCCCCAAGCCUCUCCUAUAUAACAUUUGCCUUCCAUUUUGAAUUCAUCAUCACACACAAAAAAAAUUUUUGUGUGAUGAAUUCAAAAUUUUUGGUGUGUGAUGAUGAAUUCAAAAUUCAGCUAAUAAAAUAUAAACAAGAAUACUUGGUUUAGUCCAUCCCAGUAAUUGAAGCAGGCAUAAUAAGAACCUAUAAAACAGAUCAGGGGAAGGGGUAGAGGGGCCCCUACACUUUCUCAGGAAUAUUGCCAAAAAAUAAAUAUUUCUGCCACUUGGAGGCUUAUUUCAAACCACUUGUGGUCUGAAACCAACCAAAAUCACUUCCAUUUCACUAAUAGGUCUUCCAGUUUAUCAAUUGGCACCAAGCUACUGUCAAUGAAACCAUGAAAACCCACCCAAAAUAUUCCCUUUAAAGUCACUAUUUUAACCCAAACAGAAGGUCAGAGGUUAGCUGUUACCAUCAUGCAUUUAUUAAUUGGGGCAGGAUUUUUUUAUACUGUUCACACCCAUUGCACAGACCCAUUUUCUCAUGUCUAGGUCAAAAUUUAUCUCUUUUGGCACUUUUGAGUUUAGCAUUUAGAUUGACUGUAAUGAUACAUGUAUACCAUUUGAAUAAUAAUAAUAAUGAUAUCAUUGAGACAGAUCUACAUAAAUGACACUGAGCUCAGUGACAUAGAUCUAUGUGAGAGACAGUGGAAGGGUUUUAACCUUGGUUGUAGUUAGGAUCGGUUACCCUGGGAACUUUAAUUACCUUAGGUACAUUUUAGAUUUCAGUUCUUAGUUUCACAACAUUGUGAGUUUCAGAGCCCUCUUAAAAUGUGUAGUUAUAUUGAUGUUCCCUCCAUUUUAAUUGUACAUUAUCCAUUUUUAAUUUAUUGGUGAUCUUUGUUGUCCUUCCCAAAUAUAUGGAAGAGCACAGUAGUGGCUAUUUUGGUAGCAGUAUAGAAUGUAAAAAUAUCAUCCACUCUACCAUGGCUUAUCAGUAAACAUUUUAGCAAUAAUUAAAAAAAUUGGUUGACUUAUUUAGUUGAUUACAGUACGUACAUGUGUCAACAUUUAUUUGUAUACUAUAUAGUAAUAAGUUCCAUACAUAUAAUUAAGAUCUUAACACUAUAAGUUUAUAAGUCAUUUAAGGUAUUAUUUGAAGCAAGUGCCUUUGAUAAUGUAGCAGUAGCCAGUCAGAAUGAAAAAUAUUUCAAAUUUAUUAGUGAAAACUUGUCAGGAAUUAAGAAAAUUUUUUAUUUCUUUUGAAUAAGUUUCACUAUACAUAUUUACAAAAUAACAUCUGGUUAGAAAUUUGUAACUAAUUAAAGGAUUUGUUCUAAUAUUGUUGGCAACAAAUUACAGAUAAGAAGUGGAAAGUAGAAAAAACAGCAGAAUUAAACUGAUGAAUAUAUUUUGAACAUUCUUUUGGAACUUGUGUUUUUAUAUGUAUUCAUAUCACUUAUCUGAUAAUAUUGUAAAUUUAUAUUAUCACACAUUGUGUUGUAUCAGAAUGAUGAUAAUCAACUUUAUAAGAAUGAUGCAUCAUCAUUACGAUGGGCGCAGGUGCAUUUGUUGUAAAUAAGCAAUAUAUAUUUUCAUCUUUAUAUUAAUUUAUGAAAUUGAUCCCAGGGACUUUUAAAGAGAUCUCAUGUAUGUAGAGUCUAUUAUUUUAUUUUAAAGCUUUUGUACUUGUAAUACAGUAAACCAAAGCUCUGUUUGUUGUUUUAUCACUAGUGCCAAUUUUUACAAUUUCUUGUACAAUAGUUUAAUUUAGACAUUUAAUGUAUUUUUUUAUUUGAAUGGUAUAUAAGAAUACUCGUAUAUAUGAAUUUUGAAUUUCACAGCUUCAAAGUCUCAUAGAUUAUUUUAUUUCUGAAAGACAUAAUCAUAUUUAUUCAUGGGGAAGUGGAACAGAAUUCUCCCUCCGUAAGUCAUGUGUGUCAUAAGAGGUGAUUAAAAUUCUAGGAGCAAGGGGCUAGUAACCCCUCCUCCUGUAUACAAUACUAAAUUUUAAAAGAAAAACUCGUUUUUCUUUUUAGGUCACCCUGCCUCGGUGGGAUAUGGCCAGUUUGUUGAAAAGAAAAAAUCAUAUUUAACCUCUAAACUGUGGCAUACCUGGAAAAAAAAAUCCUGUAUGUAUGAAUGUGUGUGUGUGUGUGGGAGAUUUUUUAAAAUAAAAAAUAUUUUUUUUAUAGAAGGAAAUAGUUACAUUUUUUGUGAAUUUAAUAAGACUAAAAUGAGUGGAAUCUGAUGAAAACUUAGGAUUUUAUGGUGUGUUGAAGUUAUUGAAAAACAACUUGUUGGCAACAGCAGUGUAAAUGUGACAGUGAUAUUUUCGUUUUACAAGUUAUUGACGCCAAAUUAUGAUUGUUUUUCUGUUUAUUAAUUGCUUUAAUGUUUAACAGUAUGUACACUAGUUUCUCAUGAUAUUAAAUGUGCUUAAAGAUAUUUUAGCAUUUCGGACAUGGGGAAAUGCUUGGAAUACAUAGUAUAUAUUGUUGAAAUAUAUUUUUUUUAACCACAAGCAAAGCUUAUAAUAUUACACUUGUUUCAUAGUGUAUGCUUUGUGGCAGAAUUCUGCUUUUAAGUAUCAUGAAAUUGUAAUAAAUUUGUAAUGAAUAAGUCAUCUUUGUGCUACUUCCACAUCCUCUUUGCUGGUGGGAAACUGGUGGUAAGCAAUAGCUGAUUUCAUCAUUUACUUAUGCUAGUUAGGCGUCGUAGUACAUUGGACACAAUCGUCACCUGUAUAGUUAGUCAUAAUGCCUUCAAUUUUUUUCCCAAGGUAUGAAGAGAUUGUAGAUUCUGAUGAGGUCAAAAAUAUUGGCAAGUGGCAAAUUUGAAGGUAUGAAAAAUUGUGCAUACUAAUAAGUUGGACACAACUUGAAGAUUAAAUGUGAAGUCACAAACGCCUGAAGUAUCUAAACGUAUUGUAUUAUAGCUCAAUGAAAUCUGAUCAAACCCUUAUUUUGCUCUGAGAAUAAUAGAGCCUAGCUGUCAAUGGUUUUGCUUAUUCACAAGGUUAACAAAUGUACUUGGUUUUGGUAAUUACAGUGGUAAAUCAUGCCUUCUCAUAAUCUGGCUGGUCUACAGAUCAGCAUUUGCAGGUUAUUUUGGCAAUUGUUUACCUAUUGUGGGGUCCUGGGAGCUUUCUGCAUAACAUCAAGAGCAUUUUACUGGGUUUAAAAGCUGACUCACAUAGUCUUGCCCCCUUGUAUUGAUAAACUUAGGAACAAAAACUUUGAAAUUUCUUUAUAUAAUAAUUUUGGAUUUCUUUUCAAUUCAGCAUGCUGGCCAUCUCCACUGAGGCAGGGUGACCCAAAAAAGAAACACUUUUACCAUCAUUUACACACAAUUACUGUGUUUGCAGAGGCACACAGAUAUGACAGUUCCAAUAUUCCAAACCACUCCUUUAUAGUGCAGGCAUUGUACUUCCCACCUCCAGGACUCAAGUCCGGCUAACUGGUUUCCCUGAAUCCCUUCACAAAAUAUAUCCUGCUCACACUCCAACAGCUCAUUAAGUCCCAGAAACCAUUCAUCUCCACUCCUGUCUAACAUGCUCACACAUGCCUGCUGUAUGUCCAAGUCCCUUAUACACACAGCCUCUUUUACCCUAUCCCCUCAUCCAUUCCUAGGAUAACCCUUAUCCCUCCUUCCCUCCACUACAGAUUUAUCCUCUUAAGUCAUCCUAUUUUGCUCCAUACUCUCUAAAUGAUGAAACCACCUCAAAAACCUCUCCUCAGCUCUCUAAAUAAUACUUUUAUUAACUCUACAUCUCCUAAUUGCCACACUACGAAUUCUCUGCAUAAUAUUUAUGCCACACAUUGCCCUUAGACAUGACAUCUCCACUGCCUCCAGUCUCCUUCUUGCUGCAACAUUCACAACCUAUGCUUCACACCCAUGUAAGUGUGUUGGUACUACUCUCCUCUCAUACAUUGCCUUCUUUGUUUCAUAGAUAAUAUUCUUUGUCUCCACAGAUACCUCAGUGCACCACUCACCUUGUUUCCUUCAUCAGUUUUAUGGCUUUCCUUGUCCUUCAUAAACCCAUCUGCUGACAAAUCUACUCCCAGAUAUCUAAACACAUUCACUUCAUCCAUACUCCCUCCCUCCCAUCUGAUGUCCAAUUUUUCCUCAUCUAAAUAAUUUGAUACUCUCAUCACCUUACUCUUAUCUAUGUUCACUUAGAACUUUCUUCCUUUACACACCCUCCCAAACCUGUCCACUAACCUUUGGAACUUCUCUUUAGAAUCCUCCAAAAGCACAGUAUCAUCAGCAAAAAGUAAGUGUCAACCUCCAUUGUGUAUUGGAAUCUACAUAAUUUAAUCCUGCCCCUCUCCCAACACCCUAGCAUUAACUUCUUUUUUUACAACCCCAUCUAUAAAUAUGUUAAACAACCAUAGUGACUUUACGCAUCCCUGUCUAAGACCUACUUUUACUGGAGAGUAAUCUCCCUCUCUGCUACACAUCCUAACCUGAGUCUCACUAUCCUCAUAAAAACUCUUAAUGGCAUUUAGUAACUUACCAUCUAUUCCAUACAUGUGCAACAUCUGCCAUAUUGAUCCUCUAUCAACCUUACCAUAAGCCUUUCCUAAAUUCAUAAAAGCAGUGAAAACUUCUCUGCCUUUAUCUAAAUAUUGUUCAUUUAUAUGCUUCAAUGUAAACACGUGGUCUACACAUCCCCUACCCUUUCCAAAACCUUAUUCAUCUGUACUCCUGCUCUCUGUCUUACCUCUAAUUCUUUCCAAUAAUAACCUUGCCAUGCACUUUACCAGGUAUACUCUCUCUUUUGUCCCCCUCCCCUUUAUAUAAUGGCACUAUGCAUGCUUCCUGCCAGUCCCUAGGUACCUUCCCCUCUUUCAUACAUUUUUUUUUUUAACAAGUCGGCCGUCUCCCACCGAGGCAGGGUGACCCAAAAAGAAAGAAAAUCCCCAAAAAGAAAAUACUUUCAUCAUCAUUCAACUCUUUCACCUCACUCACACAUAAUCACUGUUUUUGCAGAGGUUAUCAGAACACAACAGCUUAGAAGCAUAUACGUAUAAAGAUACACAACAUAUCCCUCCAAACUGUCAAUAUCCCGAACCCCUCCUUUAGAGUGCAGGCAUUGUACUUCCCAUUUCCAGGACUCAAGUCCGGCUAUAUAAAAAUAACCGGUUUCCCUGAAUCCCUUCACUAAAUAUACCCUGCUCACACUCCAACAGAUCGUCAGGUCCCAAAUACCAUUCGUCUCCAUUCACUCAUAUCAAACACGCUCACGCAUGCCUGCUGGAAGUCCAAGCCCCUCGCCCAGAAAACCUCCCUUACCCCUUACUUCCAACCUUUCCGAGGAUGACCUCUAUCCCGCCUUCCUCUCCCUACAGAUUUAAAUGCUCUGCAUGUCAUUCUGCUUUGAUCCACUCUCUCUAAAUGACCAAACCACCUCAACAGCCCCUCUUCAGCCGUCUGACUAAUACUUUUAGUAACUCCACACCUUCUCCUAAUUUCCCCACUCCGAAUUUUCUGCAGAAUAUUUACACGACACAUUGCCCUUAGACAAGACAUCUCCACUGCCUCCAACCGCCUCCUCGCUGCUGCAUUCACAACCCAAGCUUCACACCCAUAUAAGAGUGUUGGUACUACUAUACUUUCAUACAUUCCCUUCUUUGCCUCCAUAGAUAAUGUUUUUUGUCUCCACAUAUACCUCAACACACCACUCACCUUUUUUCCUUCAUCAAUUCUAUGAUUAACCUCAUCCUUCAUAAAUCCAUCCGCCGACACGUCAACUCCCAAGUAUCUGAAAACAUUCACUUCUUUCAUACUCCUCCUCCCCAAUUUGAUAUCCAAUUUUUCUUUAUCUAAAUCAUUUGAUACCCUCAUCACCUUACUCUUUUCUAUGUUCACUUUCAACUUUCUACCUUUACACACACUCCCAGACUCGUCCACUAACCUUUGCAAUUUUUCUUUAGAAUCUCCCAUAAGCACAGUAUCAGCAAAAAGCAACUGUGUCAACUCCCAUUUUGUAUUUGAUUCCCCAUAAUUUAAUCCCACCCCUCUCCUGAACACCCUAGCAUUUACUUCUUUUGCAACCCCAUCUAUAAAUAUAUUAAACAACCAUGGUGACAUUACACAUCCCUGUCUAAGACCUACUUUUACCGGAAAGUAGUCUCCCUCUCUUCUACACACCCUAACCUGAGCCUCACUAUCCUCAUAAAACCUCUUUACAGCAUUUAGUAACUUACCGCCUAUUCCAUAUACUUGCAACAUCUGCCACAUUGCUCCCCUAUCCACUCUAUCAUAUGCCUUUUCUAAAUCCAUAAAUGCAAUAAAAACUUCCCUACCUUUAUCUAAAUACUGUUCACAUAUAUGCUUCAAUGUAAACACUUGAUCUACACAUCCCCUACCUACUCUAAAACCUUCUUGCUCAUCCGCAAUCCUACAUUCUGUCUUACCUCUAAUUCUUUCAGUUAUAACCCUACCGUACACUUUUCCUGGUAUACUCAGUGAACUUAUUCCUCUAUAUUUUUUACAAUCUCUUUUGUCCCCCUUCCCUUUAUAUAAAGGGACUAUACAUGCUCUCUGUCAAUCCCUAGGUACCUUCCCCUCUUUCAUACAUUUAUUAAACAAAAAUACCAACCACUCCAACAAUAUAUCCCCUCCUGCUUUUAACAUUUCUGUCAUGAUCCCGUCAGUUCCAGCUGCUUUACCCCCUUUCAUUCUAUGUAAUGCCUCACGCACCUCCCCCACACUCACAUCCUGUUCUUCACUCCUAAAAGAUGGUAUACCUCCCUGUCCAGUGCAUGAAAUUACCGCCUCCCUUUCUUCCUCAACAUUUAAAAGUUCCUCAAAAUAUUCUCGCCAUCUACCCAAAACCUCCCUCUCCCCAUCUACUAACUCCCCUUCUCUGUUUUUAACUGAUAAAUCCAUUUGUUCCCUAGGCUUUCUUAACUUGUUUAACUCACUCCAAAUUUUUUUCUUAUUUUCAAUAAAAUUUCUUGACAGUGCUUCUCCCACUCUAUCAUCUGCUCUCCUUUUGCACUCUCUCACCACUCUCUUCACAUUUCUUUUACUCUCCAUAUACUCUAUUCUUCUUAUAACACUUCUGCUUUGUAAAAACCUCUCAUAAGCUACCUUUUUCUCUUUUAUCACAACCUUUCCUCCUGUACCCACCCUCCUAUAACCACAAACUUCUGCCCCACAUUCUAAUACUGCAUUUUUAAAACUAUUCCAACCCUCUUGAACCCCACUGCUCAUACUUCACCAGUCCACCUUUCUGCCCAUAGUUGUUUAUAUCUCACCCGAACUUCCUCCUCCUUUAGUUUAUACACUCUCACCUCCCUCUUGCUUGUUGUUGCCAUUUUCCUCUUUUCCCAUCUACCUCUUACUCUAACUGUAGCUACACCUAAAUAAUCAUCCGAUAUGUCAGUUGCCCCUCUAUAAACGCGUACAUCCUGGAGCCUACCCAUCAACCUUUUAUCCACCAAUACAUAAUCUAACAAACUGCUUUCAUUACUUGCUAUAUCAUACCUUGUAUAUUUAUUUAUCCUCUUCUUCAUAACUUUACCCCCACCUGCUUUUAACAUUUCUGUCAGGAUCCCAUCAGUUCCAGCUACUUUACCCCCUUCAUUCUACUCAAUGCCUCCCCCACACUCACAUCCAGCUCCAUCCUGAAAUAUAUUAUACCUGGCCAGUGCAUGAAAUCACUGUCUCCCUCUCUCUUCAUCAACAUUGAACAGUUCCUCAAAAUAUUUCCCCCAUCUUCCCAAUACCUUCAAUUCCCCAUCUUCUAAUUCCCCUAUUCUGUAUGUAACUGUUAAAUCCAUUUGCUCCCUAGGCUUUCUUAACCUAUUUAUCUCAUUCCAAAUUUUUUUCUUAUUCUCAGCAAAAUUUGUUGACAGCAUCUCACCCACUAUCAUUUGCUUUCCUUUGCACUCCCUCACCUCUUCCUUCACCUCUCUUUUACUCUCCAUAUACUCCACCCUUCUUAUAUCAUUUCUGCUUUGUAAAAACCUCUCAUAGACAAACCUUUUCUUCCUUAUCACACCCUUUACCUCAUCAUUCCACUAAUACUUCCUUUUUCCUCCUAACCCACCCUCCUAUAUCCACAAAUUUCUGUCCUGCAUUCUAACACUGCAUUUUUAAGUUAUCCCACCCUCUUCAACCCCUGCACUACCUAUGCUGUCACUAGCCCACCUUUCUCCACAUGGUUGCUUAUAUCUCACCCGAACUUCCUCCUCCCUUAGUUUAUAAACUUUCACUUCUUUAUUAUUUGCUGUUGGCAUUUUCCUUUUGCCCCAUCUGCCUCUUACUGUAGUGAUCUGAUAUAUCUGUUGCCCCUCUAUAAACAUGUACAUCCUGAAGUCUGCCCAUCAGCCUUUUAUUUACCAACACAUAAUCCAAUGACCUACUCUCAUUAAGUUCUAUAUCAAAUCUUGUAUACUUACUUAUCCUCUUUUUCUUAAAAUAUGUAUUAUACUAGACCUCUUUCUAUCAUAGCCCAGGUAAAGGCCCUCCAUUAUCGUUUACCUCUGACACUCUAAACUUACCUACAAUGCCCUCUACAACCUUCUCUCCCACUUUAGCAUCCAUGUCCCCUAUCACAAUUACUCUCUCACAUGGCUCAAAACUCCUUAAGCACUCACUUAACAUCUCCCAAACUCUCUUUUCUACACUUCUCUUUUGUCAAGGUGCAUAAACACUUUUCACAUCUGACCCUUAUUUUACUGCACAUAAUCCUUGAAUUUAUAUAUUUAUAUUCCCUCUUUUCCUGCCAUAACUAAUCCUUCAACAUUAUUGCUACUCCUUCCUUUGCUCUAACUUUAUUAGAAACCCCUGACCUAAUCCAGCUUAUUUCUUCCCACAGAAACUCUCCUACCCACCUACAACUUUGUUUCACUUAGAGCCAGGACAUUCAGCUUCUUUUCAACCAUAACAUCCUCAGUUAUCUCUUUUAUUAUCCGCACUACAUCAACGCACAUUCAAACGUCCCAUCUUUUUAUUUUAAGUAAGCUAUACUGGAGAAGGGGUUACUAGCCCAUUGCUCCUGGCAAUGGGUUACAGAGGAAAGUUUCUUAUUCUUUCUGUGUGUGUGUGUGUUGUGUGUGAGUACGUACGUAUGUACGUACUCACCUAAUUGUACUCGCCUAAUUGUGGCUGCAGGGGUCGAGACUCAGCUCCUGGCCCCGCCUCUUCACCGACUGCUACUAGGUCCUCUCUCCCCUGCUCCAUGAGCUUUAUCAUACCUCGUCUUAAAACUAUGUAUAGUUCCUGCCUCCACUACCUGCUUGCCAGACUAUUCCACUUCCUAACUACUCUAUGACUGAAGAAAUACUUCCUAACAUG